UGAGAGAGAGAGAGAGAGAGAGAGCGAGGGGAAACCGCCCCAUCGUUGCUCUGCCCACACACACGGCUGGUCCCUUUUGAGCUGCUUUCGACUUGGCUCAAACUGAGCUCAAAACUGAGUUCGAAAUUGGGGGUCAAAUUGGUGGUCAAAUUGGUGGUCGUCUGGUGUCAGUUUUUUUUUUUCCAUUUCAUUCAUUGAAAUUCCGAAUCCUCAGGCCUUUUCGUUCGUUUUUCUACUUUCUUUCCUUUUCAUUUCUUGUCUUUCUGAAUUCACUCCUUUGUUCAGUUAUUCAGCUUAUUUGGCCUUGUCUGUUGGCCCUGCCCUUUUUCUCUUUUGCGCGCACUUGUUCAACUUGCAAAGACACAGCGUCAAGACAAAGGCACGUCAAUGAGUACUGAUACUGUAGCGUCAAGCCCUGCCCCCGUCGUGGCCGCAACCCCAUCACAGGGACGAGCAGGAAGCCCAACAACAACAACAACGACAACGACAACCACAACGACAGCGGAAUCGGGUCCCGAUUCGCCGCAAAUUCUCGCCUCGCCCGACCCGGCUUCUGCUGCCGCUGCCGCUGCUGCUGCUGCUGCCGCCACUACUCUGGCCGUCAAUGCUGCCACUGCCGCUGCCGCCGCUCAGCUCGCUGCCGCUGGGCUGCUCUUCCCGCAGGCAAUGCCGGCAACCGGUCUGCUGUCUCCGCACCUCCAACCUCAGCAGCUCAUGCAGCAGCAGAAUUCGUAUGCAAUGGCGCAGUACGCUGCACUCCAAAACCAAGCGUCUCUGAGUCACCAUCCCGGGCUGACCACCGUCUACGUCGGAAGCAUUGCACCAACAGUAACAUCAAGCGCAUUGACAGAGUUUUUCUCGACCGUGGGACCGAUCAAGCACUGCCAACAGUUUUCGCAAAAUGGCAACAGUUUUGCCUUCAUUGAAUUUGGCGAUCACCAAAGCGCCACUCUUGCCGUCGGCUCUUUGAAUGGCGCACUGCUGGGCGGACAGCCCAUCCGUGUGGGUUGGUCGCACCACAAGCGACACCAGUUCCAGAUGCAACAGCACCAGCAACAGCAGAUGAUGAUGCAGCAGUUUUCACAGAUGGCGCUCGGAACUCCGACCAUGCCCGUGUUUGGCGGCCAUGCCAACGGACUCGCCCACCACAACGCGACGGGCUAUACUAGCCCCGCUGGAGGUCAAGGAAACACUGGAUCGAGGCCACCGCGACAGGCCCAGCAGCAACACCAGCAGCAGCCGCCGCUCCAGCACCAACUUAGCAAUGGUGGCGCGUCCGCUGGUCACAAUGGCGGCAGUGUGAACGGCACGCCGAGCUUGACCGAAACGACCAACUUCAAGUCCAUUUUUGUGGGCGACCUGCCGAUGGACGUCACGUCCGUCACGCUGCAGCAAGCCUUUUCGCCCUUUGUCACCGUCACCGAAGCGACUGUCAUGCUCGAUCCGCGCACGGGCCAGUCGCGCGGGUUUGGGUUUGUCCACAUCGAGGCCACCGACGACCCGGAUAGCGUGCUCAAGUCUGUGCAAGGCUUGGUCAUUGGCGGACGAGCUGUGCGCACCAGUUGGGCCGUGCGACGAUCCGCGCCCGCAGUGGCGCAACCGUCGCCUCCGCAACAACACGCAGUCACCCAUGGUCGCGGCCCUCGGCGGCAGGAUGACUCGAACAGCGGGGCUGCGCGUCUCCACUCCAAUGGAAGCACCAGCUUUCAUAACGGCUCGGGUUUCGCGAAUGGCGCCGUUGCAUCAUCCGGCUCGGCAGUGCCGCUGUUUGGCUCGGUGCUUGCGUCCCCCGCCGCCUACGAGGCUGCCGCGUCGUCCGCACCCGCCAGCAACACGACCAUCUACGUUGGCAACCUGCCCUACUCCAUCAACGAGGUGUACUUGCGCCGCUUGUUCAUGGUGUUUGGACCGAUCACCAACGUGUGGCUGAACAUGGACAAGAUGUUUGCGUUUGUGCGCUUCACCUCUCAUGAAAGCGCUGCCACUGCCAUCGCCACCGCGCAUGCCACCAGCCUGCACGGCCGACAGCUGCGCUGCGCCUGGGGCAAGCAAAAUCCCCAUUCGGGUGACGCUGAAGCUCCCAGCGACCAGGCGAGCUCGCCGCCGUUGCCUGUCGACGAGGUGGAAUCGCCCCCUGCCGAGUAUGCCGCAGCUGGCACUGUGGAUUUGAGCGCCCUGUCCUUUGCCGUCGCCCAGCAGCAGCAGCAACUCCAAUCCGAGCAGCUUCAGCUUGCUCAACAGACUGGGUUUGCGUCCUUCCCCUACCCGUACAUGUCACUGCAGCCGCAGACCUACGCAGCAAUGUACCAGCAGCAGCUCCUUCAGCAACAUCUUCAGCAGCACCUUCAGCAGCAACAAUUGCUCCAGCAGUAUUACCAGCAGUCCUCGGAUUCUGUCUCGCCCCAAAGCAAAGUUCCCGCCACCAGAACAAGCAACUAAUUCCAAUCAAAAGCAUGGCUCGCUGCUCAUCGCAACGAUGUCUCGUCAAACAAUGAAACAACUAGCCCCAAACUCGCCUUUCUCUCCCAUUUAUCCUUCGUUCGGUUUGCCUUCUGAUGUUUUGAACUUGUACAAUGACCCCAGCAGCCCAUGAUUUGCUGGUGUGUGUGUGUGUGUGUGUUUUGAACCAUCAUACUCCGUUUUUCCAUCCAAUACACCACCAUAGUUUCGAUCA